UCUUGUGCUGCCGAUUCCCCGCUAGAACUGUGAUCGAGGGUGCUGACAACAGACAGAAGUGCUCAGUCAGCUGUCUGAUCACCUCCGGGGAGAAGAUUUUUAAUUAUUCUCCAUAAUUGAAACUACGUAUACUCCUCUGCCGACAUGUGGGAGCUCCUUCAGAGCAGUAUCAUUCCUGUAAUAAUCGUCGUCAUACUCCUCAAACUAUUCGGUGGCAAGGGUUCGUCAUCUUCAGUACCGGUUGGAUCCAAAUUCGACAUGGACAUCAUCUCCGGCUCUCAAGUAUCGAAGCUUGACAAGAAGAAGAAACCCAUAUCUGAGGUUUUUGCAGAGAACGACAUCGUGGUCUUCUAUUUCUCGGCGCAUUGGUGUCCCCCAUGUCGCAACUUCACACCGCAGCUGGCAAGCAUCUACAAGGGUUUGAAGGAAGCCGGAAAGAAGAUCGAAGUGAUCUUCAUGUCAUCCGACAGGACCGAGGAACAGAUGUUGUCGUACAUGGAAGAAAGUCACGGGGACUGGUUCGCUUUCGAGUUCGGGUCGCCCAUCAAAAAGAAAUUCGCUGAACACUUCCAAGUCUCAUCGAUUCCGACCGUCAUCGUUUUGAACGGAGAUGGCGUAGUCGUCUCCACUGACGGCAGGAAUGAAAUCCUGCGACUCGAUGCUGGUGUAUGGGAAAAAUGGACGGCAGGCGCUCCGCAGUAGUUCUUGAUCGCAACGUGCCUCGCUUGCCAUCAUCCGAAGCAUCAGUCUAUUGAUGAAUUCGAAUCGAAGAGUGAUGCAUUAUUCGGAAUCGUUGGGAUAUCAUUCGGAAAAAAGCAUUCCUCUUGGACCGGGCGUUCGUGGGAGCAUGGAUUACGACGCAAUCCCAGCGUUGGAAUCAAUGCGACAGAGAGGAAGUCCUCUUAUUUCGGAAUAAAAUGCGUGACCCUUCAGGA